AUGAAGAAAAAGAAUGGCGAUGCUAAGGUGGAGACUGGGUGUUGGAUUAAGUUGAGAUAUAUUGGUAGCUGUAUUUCUUCUAGAUCAAAAGUUGAUAGCCCACUUAGUGGCGUCAGCACUCAUGGCGAAGAUAAUGUUGUGAUACUAGUCGAUCAUGUGAGGGCAUUACUUGAACAGGGAAAUGCACUAGAUUGUGUGGAUCCAAACAUGGGAAAUUACCUGGAAGAAGAUAUUUUACCUAUUCUUAAAUUGGCAUUGGUUUGCACUUCUCAGAUACCUUCCAACAGGCCAUCCAUGGCAGAAGUGGUGCAAAUACUACAGGUGAUCAGUGCUCCAGUUCCACAGAGAUUGUAA